AAAUUUGUUAUAAUACAAAUAAAAAAAAACGACAUAAUACAUGUAUUAAAUAAAUAGGAUAUAUACACGCCUGCAAGUGUAGUUUUUAGAGAAAUAAAAAAUAAAAGAGAGAAACCACAAAAGUACGGAAAUAAUAAAUAGAAAAAUUCAAAAAAAUUAAAUCUAUAAGAAUGAGUUCUGCCACGACCAGCCGGAAAGAAACGGAAAGGACCAAAUUAAUACAGGAAAAAUGUCAAACGCUAUUAACGCAAAUGUUGCGCGAUGAGGAUAAUAAAUAUUGUGUGGAUUGUGAUGCAAAGGGACCGCGUUGGGCUUCUUGGAAUUUGGGCGUGUUUUUGUGUAUACGAUGCGCUGGCAUUCAUCGUAAUCUUGGAGUACACAUAUCACGUGUUAAAUCGGUCAAUUUGGAUACUUGGACACCAGAACAAGUUAUAUCAUUACAACAAAUGGGUAAUUCCCGGGCACGUGCAGUCUACGAAGCUCAAUUGCCUGACGGUUUUCGUCGACCUCAGACUGACACGGCAUUGGAAUCAUUUAUUCGGGCUAAAUAUGAGCAUAAAAAAUAUUUAGCUCGUGAAUGGGUGCCACCCUCUCCACCCAAGGUGGAUUGGGCUAAAGAAAUCGACGAAGAGUUAGAAAGACAGAAGCGCAAAAAGAAGGCAGCCCAAGCUAAUAGCGCAUUAGGGAUAGGCGUUUUAAGUGGUAGUAGCAAUGAUAAGAAAACUUCUUCAACGCUUAAAGCAGUUCCUCUGCCUGCUCCUUUGCCCAAACCGAAAUCCAGCAAUAGCCCCAAAACCCAACGGAGCAAUAACACGGGAACUGCUAAUGCAGAUAAUAAUCAUUCAAAUGAUUUGUUGGGUCUAGCUUCGCCUACUAAGCCUGUACAAAAUUCGUCAACGGGUCAAACUACAACGGGAACAAAUGACAUGCAAAAUGAUAAUUUUAGUUGUUUCUUGAGUGCCACACCCUCAAACAAUGAAGCGCAAAAGUUGGUCAACAAUACGAAUUCCUCGCAAAAUGCAUUGGCUAAGGAGGAAGAGGAUUUUUUUAAUCAGAGUUCAUUGCAUAGUGCUGUUGGAGAUAAAGAUAAAACAGGGAAGCUAACUAAGGAUAGUAUAUUAGCCUUAUAUGGCCAAGCACCGGCUAAUCCCACACUCACAAGCAUGAGUUUUAUACAACAACCACAAGUAGUGCAAGCUGCAGCCCUAUUUGCUCCUGGAGGCGGUUUCACAGGUUUAACGCCAGGAAGCUAUAUGGGCGCCGGGGGCCCAGCGGUGGUGCCUCAGCAACAGCAAUUCAUGACACCUCCAAAUUCGGCAAGCAUGUACAACGCACCUGUUAUGACAGCACCAACAGCUUUUACAGCAGCACCAGGUAUGGGCCUUAUGCCCGGUACAAGUCUUAUGGGAGUUAACUCAGUUGGUUUCUCAACAACCCCGUUUCCUUUACAAACCAGUUAUUCUCAAACUCAAAGUUUAGCCUCAGGCCAGCCGGGCAACAUUAUGACAACGAAUCCAGCGUUAAACACAGCCAUGGUUUUUCCAGGCCUCCAAGCUCAGUCUGCUUUCAAUCAGGGGCUAAUUGGUGCAUACUCAAGCAGCUCUUUGGCAUCUAACAACCCAUCAACCGUUAAUGCACCAGCCACCGCCAAUUUGCCACAACAAUUUGGCAAUCUCAAUAUAGGUAAUGUUUGGCAAUAAACUUAAUGUUGUUUAAAGUACGUUCUCAAUUUAAAACAAAAACAACUUGCCUUUUGCUUGUGUCUAACGCUUUCCUUUUGUAAGUGAUCUUAGAUUUUUCGAUAUCUUGACUUUCCUAAGGUACUCUCUAUUUAAUUUUUUUAGUGUUUACAUGCAUUUCCUUCUCUCUUACAUUCGCAAGUAUUUAAAAGUUAACUUUUGAAGACUUAAGCCCGCAACGUGGCGAUUUUAAUAUUUCUUUAAGAAAGUAUAAAGAUUCGUUUCCACUGUUCGCAAGAAUAUUUUAAUCAAGCAAAGAAUGCCAAUAACUUAAUUACAGGUUAAAAGCGGAUAUCCCUUUACGUAUAGAAAAUAAAAAGUAGUUCUA